UUUUUUUUUUUUGUUUUUUUUUUCUAUUUAUAUAAAGCACUCUUGUAAAAACGUGUGAACAAAAAUGAGCAAAGAACCCCGAUCUCGUUAAAAUCGUUUAGUGUGUUGUAAGCAAGACACUUGUUGUAUGCCAAGAACGGCGUGACCGCAAAAAGGUUCCGUAGAUUCUCUCAGAGGGGGCCUGAUGGCACCCGAUCUGGAGAAGAGGCGCCAAGAAUUAAGGAGAACUAGCAGCGUGACCUUAGAUCAUGUUAACGAUCAUCUGGGCAUGCUCUUGCAAUACAGAAGCGUGGGCGGCACGUUGACCGACGUUUAUCAUCAUGGUGGUAACGCAGGUGGAACGUCAUCAACGGUGACAGCAUCGUCCGUAUCGAGAAGCACCGCAACCAAUCGCACUCACCCUGUAACUAAAAGGGUAGUAAAUCCGCAACGACAGCAACAGCAACCGCAACGCCAACAGCAGCAGCAGCAGCAACAACAAGAACAACAAUCACAACAAAAAAAACAAAGCUCACUAUCUAGACCAUCACUGUCGUCAUUGUCGUCUUUUAGUGGUGUCACUGUGAGAAACUCGGAUGAGCACGGAUCUUCUAGAACGACACAGGAUAACGAUAACUCAAACGAUUCUGGCCUUGGAUCUGAGGAACGUCAACAACAUUUUAGUAACAUCAACCUUUGGAACGGCGUUGGCGAAGAAGACUCAAAGAGGAGAAAAAUGGAUAUCAAGUUGGAAUCCGAGGACGCAAACUUUGCAUUUCCGGAAGUGGCACCCGGAACCAAUCCUGAAAAUAAGUCCACGUCCACUAGAACCGCUAUAAAUGGAAUUAAUUUGGGAGCGAUAUCCGGUGCCAGAACCGGAUCCGCGAACUCUGUGAGCAGAGUCAUAGGGGUUACAAGACCGCGACCUGCUAUGGGCGUACUGACCAAAAGAGCAGCGAUCGCUCAUCAAGGACCUGUCACCCUCACCUCGCAAUUAUCCAACAUUUCUACCGAUGGUAAGACACAACUGCAGAUUGUCUGUCAACCCGAGCAACAGCAUCGAGCGCGUUAUCAGACGGAAGGUUCGCGGGGUGCAGUGAAGGAUCGCAGUGGCAACGGUUUUCCUAUUGUUCGACUGAUCGGUUACGACAAGCCGACGACCCUGCAAGUAUUCAUUGGCACUGACCUGGGCCGAGUUUUGCCUCACAUGUUUUAUCAGGCCUGUCGGGUGAGCGGCAAAAACUCAACACCCUGCGUGGAACGAAAAAUCGAUGGCACGAUCGUGAUCGAAAUCGACUUAGAGCCCUCUAAAGAUAUUACGUGCGACUGCGUAGGCAUUUUAAAGGAGCGCAAUGUCGACGUAGAGCAUAGAUUUCCUCAAGAAGCCGGCCUUCUUCAAGGUAGAAGCAAGAAAAAAUCCACGCGCUGUCGUAUGGUUUUUCGUACGUCUAUCACGCAUGCCGACGGAACCACAGAAACGUUGCAAGUCUGCUCGCAGCCAAUAGUUUGUACUCAACCACCUGGAAUUCCGGAAAUUUGCAAGAAAUCAUUGACAUCUUGCCCGUGUACCGGAGGAUUAGAACUUAUUAUACUGGGCAAGAAUUUUCUGAAAGAUACUCGAGUGGUCUUUCAACUGGACAGCGACAAUAUAUCGAACAGCCUGGAACCACACUGGGAAUGCACUGUGCUUCCGGAUAAGGAAUAUCUACAUCCAGCGCACUUGGUGUGCGUAGUGCCUGCCUAUCGCAGACAAGAUCUAGCGCCUACAGAAACUGUCAGCGUCAAAAUGUACGCGGUGUCUUCUGGAAAAACUAGCGAACCGCACACUUUUCUUUACACAGCGGCUUCCACUCCCCCGCAACCGUCCGUAGGCAAGGUCGAGUCCAUCUCACCUCCGCUGAUAAAUGGUGAUGCUGCUCUCGUCACAUCUUCCACCGCGGUGCCACUGGCUACAGCUGUAGCAUCCAACACUUUAAUAACGCAAACAACUGCCGGACCAGCGAGUUUUUUGACGAAUCCUCCGACUCAACCGCAACAAAAUACUUCUUCGGAGAUUCUGAAAAGUGAUCCCAGUUCACCGCCGACGGGAACAUCUCAGGUCACUCCCGUGAUGAUGUGGACUUCGCAAUCCUCCAAUUGCCAUCCUCCAAACUCGCCUCCGGACGUUAUGAUGCCGCCACCAGCGCUCGUGACAAAUCCACUAAUGAAUCGACGAUCUUCGUCGAAUCUUCAGUUGAUUCUUCCAGACAAUUUGAAGACAGAAGUACUAGACGAGAAUAGCGAAAACAGUAUGCUGAGUGAAAAUAGUAUGCAGAGCAUUCCGACACCAACAGCAGUCGCGAACGGACCGACGUCGGUCACUUCCCCACUUCAACAGCUGGUCAACGAAAACUCGAGAGAAGCUACACCCUCGCAAACCGAUAUCAUCAGGACUGUCACUGUCGCAACGGCCGGCAACAGUCCGGUACGAGAAGUGGCGGUAAACGGUCUUCUUGGAGUGGUAGAUCUAAUACACAAUCAGCAUUCUUUGUCGAUGGUAACUGCGCAUCAUCCGACUUCUUUUGGAAGUGAAUUUGGAGGUAUGCACGAAUCAACCCAAGUUCAAGUUCUCAGUCCUCAUCGCCUCAAGGACACCAAUGUUUUGCCGACUGAAAAUAGCUCUAAUGGAACUGCUCUUCAGAACAGCGGUGUAGUGGAUCUUCGUAUGAAACAUCACCAUCAUCAGCCAGAUUUCGGCACGCUGUCAAGUUUUCCCGUCACUUCCGGAACACAGCCGUUAUCCAGUUCUGGCAAUCACGUAGUAGACAAGUUCUUGAAUCACAUGGAUUCUUCAGUAACUACCACCGAGGAAUCUGACAAUGAGAACGGAUUUGCCAUUCAACAACAGCAGGCUUCUAUUAUCUCGGGAAGCAGUCAGCAGUCAACGCCUUCGCCGGGAAUUCUGGCCAAUACAGGACAAACUUCGGUAAAAUUAGAUGCUUUAGUAAAUUCCGCAGCUGAACAAAUGGUGACUCCGUUGCGCUCGGUAAACCCAAAUUCUACCACGAUAUUAAGCCACGUGACGUCGGAACACGAAGCAAUUAGUAAUAGUCAGCAGACCAGUCCGCCGAUUCCGGUAAAGUUGCUGGAAGCGUUAAUACCAGCGCAGACGGUACAACCUUUAGCAGCAGCUCCGAGUGCGACGGCGGUAUCACCUACCGCGACAGUAGAACCAACAGGAGAGAGUCUAAUGACUACUAUCAAUGCGGCACUAUUACCGCAGUUGCCGGAAACGCCAGUCAAUGCAACAACUGCCACGUCAAAUUCUACAGUUACUGCUAAUACAAUACCAACAGUUGCAGCGGAGCACAUGCAGCAAAUUCAAGCGCUCACGCAGCAAGAUGUGGUCGCGAUGCAACAGCAAGUGCAGCAAGUAGAGCAACUAGCGCAGGCGCAGCAACAGGUCGAGCAAGUCGUUGCGCACGCGCAGCAACAAGCGGUGCAAGCGGUACAACAAGCUCAGCAACAAGUGGUGCAGCAAGUCGUGCAACAUGCUCACGUUGUACAGCAAGCGGUGCAGCAGGUACAAGCCGUACAGCAAGUUCAAGCGACUGAGUUGGUUCAGCAAGCGGUACAACAAGCGACUCAAGAAGUAGUACAACAAGCAGUACAACAGGCAACGCAGGAAGUUGUACAGCAGGUUCAUGCAGUGCAGCAAGCUGUCCAACAAGCUCAAGCUGCACAAGUUAUGCAACAGGCGGUUCAACAAGACAUGUGUUCCAUGUUAAACCAACCCGCAGGUUUUGUAGCUGAAGCGAGCUCUGUUUUAGCAAGCGGUGCUGCUCAGGAAAUCUCGCAGCAACGACUAACCAACGAGGCGGAACAGGCUAUCAAUAACGUUAUCACAAACGCCACAAAAGAUAUCCUCAACAAUCGGUCUAUCACAACGACUACUGCUCACGCGAUUAUCGCCACGAAGAAGAUUCUGAGCAGCGUGGCGACUCAAAGCGCACAGCUGAUGAACAAUGCGAUGGAAGGAAUUCUACCAAAAUCGCCACCAACGCAAAACAAUAUCGUCGAGCAAGUUGCCAGUAAAUCACCACCCGUCGCACUUCCGGUUACUCCGAAUCGCCAGGCUGUGAACGCCCCUAUUCCCAAUCCCGCCGCGACCACAGUGGUCAAGAAGCCAGAAGACGGAAUGCUGCCGCAAGAACUCACAUCAAUGUCGGAUCACGAUCUUUUGAGUUACAUAAAUCCGAGCUGCUUCGAGCAGAAUUUUCUUUUGUAGUACUGCCGUGUUUCAAGUGAAAAAAAAAAAAAAAA